AUGGUUGUGGAGAAGGUCAUGCAGCGGACGGGCACGAUCGGUGCGUAUCUGUUCCUGACUCGCGGCUGCGAUAGCGAUAUUGAUCCGCAACACCAUCUUGCGCGCCGUACGCGGACACUCACCUGGGAGUGCCAAGAGGCCUUCGACCAAUCCCCCGUUAUUGUCUCGUUUAUCCGCCGGAGCUACCCCGCCGCCCGCGCGGUCGCCGAGAUGCACAACGCUUCUGUCCCACUCUCUGACCUGCACCUUGUCGACCCCCAGCCCGUCUCCUUCCGCACGUCAUCGCGCCCAUCCCCGACCCGCUCCACAUCCCCCUGA